GUCAGAUUGACAGAAAUUGAAAGGACCCGCAGAAAUGGAAAUGGCGUUGAAAUAAAUAACUUGUGUGCAGUGAUGUGUUGACAAUAAAAUUACCCGAAAAAUGUCAAAUACCCCUUCAAAUAGAAGAAACGGGGCCCAAAAAAUUAGACUGACAAUACUUUGUGCCCGCAGCUUGGUGAGGAAAGAUUUAUUUCGAUAUCCAGACCCUUUUGCUAAGAUAUCUGUAGAUGGAAGUGGACAGUGUCAUUCAACUGAAACCAUAAAAAAUACAUUGGAGCCAAAAUGGAAUUCACAUUUUGAUCUUUAUAUUGGAAAGAAUGAUACAAUAACGAUUUCUGUGUGGAAUCAUCGCAAAGUUAUUAAAAAACAUGGUAGUGGCUUUUUGGGUUGUGUUAAAAUUGUUAAUUCCCUCAUACAAAGGUUAAAAGACACAGGAUUCCAAUGCCUCGACCUUGGAAAGGCAUCUAUAGAUGAUCCUGAACCUGUAAAAGGACAGGUUAUAAUAUCCUUGCUUUCACGAGACGGACCUUGCGGUGGCACCCCAUUGGCUAUAGUUAGCCCAUUGGGCGAACUCCAUGGUCCUUCUCCUGAGCACAUUAUAGAAAAUAACAGUGGCGCUAGCACCAAUGAUUUGCCUCCCGGAUGGGAAGAACGCAGGACCUCCAACGGUAGACUCUAUUAUGUCAAUCACUUGACUAGAUCCACUCAGUGGGUCAGGCCUGUUGCAAAUAGGACCAAGGCACCUAACAGAUUAAGACUGACGAAUACAAAUAACAAUCCCCAAGAUAACCAAGACAGUGAUAAUAGGAACAAUGAAAUAAACGAUAACCAAGAAGCGGUUAACAAUAACAGUGUGCAAGUGCAAUUGGGAUUGACUACCAGUUCAAAUGCAUCGCCGUUAUCUCCUGACUCCUCGAAAGACCAGCAGGUGCCUUCUUCCCUACCUUCCCUCAGGGCCCUCCUCACCCAACUUCCGGCAACGACCUCUAGCGGCAGCUCCGGGGAACGAGGCAGCCCCGUCCGCAACGCGCCGGCUUCCUACACCAAUUGUACCGCCACUACAACCGCGGUGAUACCGGCGCCGAACAACAUAAGCUGUAAUGCCCCGCCCACCAACGUCCUUCAGGUCGAGAACGCCCCCGUCGUCGAGGAAAGGGGCGUGGUCGUCAGUCCUCAGGCUUCCACCAGGGCCGUGCCGAGGGAGAGGAGGAGAAGCGGGGAUGGGAGAGACAGCAGCGGUAGGAGACGGUCGGGCAGACAGAGGAACUCUGUCGGUGCUUCGGGGGCGGGUCAGAGCGGAGUUGCCGCCUCCGCCGCUUCGCCCGGGAAUAUCGAUCUGCCCCCAGGAUACGAAUUGAGGACAACGCAGCAAGGCCAGGUGUAUUUCUUCCACAUACCGACGGGAGUGUCCACCUGGCACGAUCCGCGGAUACCGAAAGACCUGGCCCCCUUAACGCUAACCUUAGACCAUUUAGGACCGUUGCCACAGGGUUGGGAGAUGCGACAAACGCAAUCGGGAAGGACGUAUUUCGUCGAUCACAACAACAGGACCACCCAGUUCACCGAUCCCAGACUGAACUCGCAGAUCCUGAACAAUCUCUUGCGUCGCAUAUCCGUUACUAACGCGGGCGCGACGUCGACUUCUAACUCCGCCUCGCAGCAGGCCACGCCCGUCACGUCUACGCCGGCCGUGACCACGCCCACCACCACCGCUACCGUCAGCAGUCCGACGGUGGUCGUCGCGUCAGCUACCCCAGCUCCGGUGGUGGUCCCUCGACCGGCCAGGGUUCCCGAUAUGGAGCAGCUGCCUCAGGGCCUGCUGAACGACACCGAACAUCUGCCGAAGUAUAAGCGGGAUUUGGUGGCUAAGCUCAGGGCUCUGAGGGCGGAACUCACGGCUCUGCAGCCUCAGAGCGGACAUUGUAGACUCGAGGUGUCUCGUAAAGAAGUUUUCGAGGAAAGCUACAGGUUGGUAAUGAAAAUGCGCCCCAAGGACAUGCGUAAACGUCUGAUGGUCAAGUUCAGAAACGAGGAGGGGCUGGAUUACGGGGGCGUGGCCAGGGAAUGGCUCCACCUCCUGUCUCGCGAGAUGCUCAAUCCGCAGUACGGUCUGUUCCAGUACAGCAGGGACGAUCAUUACACGUUGCAGAUCAACCCCGACUCUUCCGUCAACCCCGAACAUCUCUCCUAUUUCCAUUUCGUGGGCAGGAUACUCGGCAUCGCCGUGUUUCACAACCACCAAUUGGAGGGCGGUUUCACGCUGCCCUUCUACAAGCAGCUGCUGAACAAGCCGAUCACGUUGCAGGACAUCGAAGGGGUCGACCCCGAGUUGCACAGGAGUUUGACCUGGAUGCUCGAGAACAGCACCGAGGGCGUGCUAGAAACGACGUUUUCCGUAGAAAACAACAGUUUCGGCGUGGUAAAGGUGCACGAGCUGAAACCGGGGGGCGCCCAGAUCCUCGUGACCGAGGAGAACAAGCGCGAGUACGUGAAGCUGUACGUGAACUACAGGUUCAUGCGCGGCAUCGAACAGCAGUUCCUGGCCCUGCAGAAGGGAUUCACGGAACUGAUACCGACAGCCCUGCUUAGGCCCUUCGACGAGAGAGAGCUCGAACUGGUAAUCAGCGGCAUCGGCUCCAUCGACAUCGCCGACUGGAGGUCUCACACUCGUCUGAAACAUUGCACGCCGGAGACGCCCGUGGUGCAGUGGUUUUGGCAGGCUGUUGAAUCGUAUUCCGAAGAAAUGAGGGCCAGACUGCUCCAGUUCGUGACGGGGUCUUCCAGGGUGCCCUUGCAGGGUUUCAAGGCGUUGCAAGGGAGCACCGGGGCCGCGGGGCCAAGAUUGUUCACCAUACACUGCGUGGACGUGCCCCCGCAGAACCUACCCAAAGCCCAUACGUGUUUCAACAGGAUCGACAUACCGCCGUACGAUUCUUAUCAAACGUUGUUGGACAAACUGACGCAAGCCGUCGAAGAGACUUGCGGCUUUGCAGUAGAAUGAUCAGGGUUCUGUCUUGGCUCUGAAACAAUAGGAAUAAUCUGCUCCAUCUCCCACUGCAUGAAGUGACGCACCAACACUGUUAUUUAGGAAAGACUGCUUGAAGACUGUGCCUUUUUCGCUGUUCAAAAAAAAAAAACACUUUCCCCUAUUUAUCUACUUCACUACAGUUUUCAAACCAAUCACAAGUGCCUGAGCUUAUUAUCAAACGAAAAAAAAUGUAGGUGGAGGUAGUAGGAGGAUGGGAAUAUUUCGAGAUUCGCUUGGAUUUCUUCUUUGAGCCGCUGGCAGAAAAGAUUUGUUAAUCUGAGACGUUUUCGGUGGUAGAAACCUCGCGUUUUCAUUUCGAAGAGGAUUUAAAGCGUAACUGGAAUAGUUUUUAUAUUUGUUAGAGGUUCAUCUUCUCGAAGAUUACUUUGUUUCGUUCUUCAAAUGAAUCGGAAUCAAAAUUACCAAAAAUUUAGAAGUCGAAGUUGUGAUAUGAAUCCCAGUACAAGAUUUAUAAUAGUUCUAAUCCAUAAAAGUCUAAAUGGAUCUGUAAAUGCCUUAAAAUUCAUUUUACUGAUUCAAAAUAUAUUUUUUGUUGUAAUUGUUAUGAUAUAAAUUUUCUGAAAAGUUCAACGGUGAAUGAUGAUGUAAAACAUAUCUUUGGCAAUAAUGAAACAAAUCAUAUCAUCCUUUAGAAGAAACUAUAAACCUUAUUCUUGUUACUGUAUCGUACUAAAAAAUUCUUACUAAUCUUACCUUGUUUUUUAUGGUGCCUUUUCUGCACAAUAAAAGCUAAAGUUUCCACUUUUCAAGUAAAAUUGUUGGGAAAUGGCAACAAUGAUGCCUUCGGUGUUGCCAUUUUGUGCUGUUUUUACCUUUAGGUAGUAGCAAAUGGAUUAAUGUAAAUAUAUAUAAUAUAUCUUUAGAAAAUUGUAUAUUUGAAAUUAUGUUAUUAUUGAAAAA